AUGUUGGUUCACGUAUCGGUCGUGCGGAACAGCACGCAAGAGAGCUGUGGCGCAGCUGUCGGCACCGACGGCAGUGUCGGCGGCAGCGGCUGCAGAAACAGCGGCAUGGCCAUCAGCGGUGGUGGUGACGCCUUGGAGGAUGCCAGUGUGCCGUACCACCUCCCUGCAUUGCCGUCACCACCCACAAUAAUCGAGGAUGAGAAUCGCCAUGAAGACAGCAACCGCCCCGAGUGCUGCAAUGAGCGGACUGGCAGCAGUACUGAAGCGGCAGAGAGCAGAGUGGGAGCGGUGCAGAGCAACAAGCGAGAAGGCUCUCCCUCACCAACGACACCCACGACACUGUCGCCAUCGGUGGUGCGAGUGCGGCCGCGGGCCGACACGACGAGCGGCGUUCCCUCCAACCACACCCUCGGGGAGGGCUGCGUCACCACUCCGUGCGCCGUCCGUGCAAGGUCGCCGACCGGCGCAGCAGCUUCACCGGCUGCCGCGCACAGCUUCGGUGUCACUCCGCCAUCUCUCUUUGCGGCAGGGUCUAUGCCAGUCAGCUUCAGGGAGCGCACCUCGUCACCGCCGUUGAACACAUUCACCGCCGAGGCAGGCGAGAGACUCGGCAGCAUCGACAGCGGCACCAUCAGCGCCGCGUCGAAUUCUCGGCGACCAGAACUUCUUUGUAAGCAGGCCUCGUACGACGCUCAGCAGCUGACGGCGUCCUCGGAUUCGGUGCCGGCUUCUGGGUCGCAGCACACGCCUGCCGCGGCAGCAACGCCGCAAGGUACAGAACCACACUCCAUUCCCGUGGAUGCCACGGCGUCGCUGUCGUGUGGGAUGCACUCGUGCAGCCUCGACGAGCUAGCCCUCGGCCCCGAUGUCGCCACGCCCACCGCGGUCGGUUCGGCAGCCAUGCCUACCUCGGAAGCCGCCACCGCCAAGCAAAACUUCACGUUGGCGGCAUGGACACCGUUGCGCGUGAGUGAGCAAGCACCUCGACCCAAUGCUUGCGGAUCACCCCUGCAUGGCUGGUCCUCCUCCGUCAGCAGCGCCAGCACUCCAGUCUCCGACUCGGCUCGUUUUAGAGAGGAACCUCGCCCCGCUUCGCCGGUGACGAUGGUGCCCUUGCUCGCCGCCACGCUACCUUUGGCCAGCACCGCGAUCGCAGUCACGUCUGCUGAGCCGCCCCGCUCGCUUGGCGCGCUGCCUCUGUCAAGCGCAUCCAGGCCGUCACCCUCGCCUCCACCAGCAGUGCCAUCACCGUCCUCGUCGGCGCCCACGCUCGCCUUUGCGUCCCCGACGCACCCUCGAUGUCCGCAAGCACCGCCACCCCCACCGUCACCGUCACCGCCAACACCUCCACAGCAGCAGCAGCAGCAGCAGCAGCAGCAGAUGCCUUCGCCUGUCAGGAUGACCUCGUUGGUGCACGUUUCGGAAGGUGAGGAGAUGUGUGAGGAUCUGGGCAAGGACUUGCUGUCCUCGAACGGCGACCUCCAUACACCACUCGGCGGCCCCGAGAAGGGCAACGCCGGCUUCUCCACGGCGUUGUGCGUCUCCUUGCUUAGCGGAUGCUGCGGCGGUAACGGCAGCCUCAGCCCCAUCGUCAGUCUGGAAGCGGCGGGACUGACCGCUCGGCCAAACACCCCCAUCUUGCAGCCCAGCCCAGGUCCUCAGUCAAGGUCGCAGCUGCUCGAAUCGUCUUUCCUCACUGCUGGCACCCCGUCGACACAGCCGAUAGGGCGACCGCUGGUCCCACUGCCGCCGAUUCUCAGCACCGGUGCCGCGGCGAGCUCCUCCUCACCCUUAUCGCUGCUCCUCCCGCCGUCUGCCGUGUCCGGCAGCUUCCUCAGCGGCAGCGGCCACAUCAAUAGCGGCGGUGUAGCCGGCGGCGGCGGCGGCGGCACUGGUGCGGGAGGCGCUGGUGGCUUUCGGUCACCCUUGGCGUUCCGCUAUCCCUUCACCUCCGUGCUCACGCCGCAAGCGCACCACCAGCAGACCCACCACAACCACCAUUCGACUGCGGUGUCCCCUCACCCCUGCCUCUUCCACCGUCAUGCAUCUGUGCGGCCUACAACACCACUGCAGCUGCCGCCACCGCAGUCUCCAGCACUGCAGCAUGGAUUCAGUCCUCCCCCCAGCUUCCAUCAGCAACAGCAGAAGCAGAGGCCUCUCGACCCCUCCACGCCGCGCACGUCGAUGAUGUCCAUUGCUUCUUCAUCGUCCCUCUACUCCGGGUCUUUACCGCCCCUGCUCGCCUUGGGCGACCCCGGCCCCGCGCCAGGGAGCAGCUCUCUCCCGGCCUCGUCGUUGACGUUCAUGCAAGGCGGCGGCGUGGCUGUGGCAACGGCCAUGUCGCCAGCAUCUGCACACCACACUGCCAGUGAGCCGCUGGCAGCUGCGCGCCGCGCCCCUCGCGUGCACUCCCCACUUCUGCUGCCGCCGUCCGCGGCAAUGCCAUCCUUUACAUCCCCAUCCUUCGGCACUGUUCCGUGGAGCAGCACAUCUUCGCCCGGCGGGGCGGGGCGGACGCGUCAGUCUUCACUGGUGCUCUUGUCCAGCACCCCUGGCUUCCCUAGUACGCCUUGCCUGGCGCCAGGCCAAGCCGCAUCGAGUCUGACGUCAGCGCCGACGACCUCAGCCGUGGUGGCGCACAAGGAAGCGGAUCGGGGGGAUGCCUGGAGUGCCAACGCGGCAGGUAGCGGCGCGAUAGCGUUGCGUGACGGCCCUCAGUCGCGAGAUCAGCAACAGCAACAGCAGCAGCAGCAUCACUCCCACCACCGCCUGCACGCUGUGAACCACCUUUCAGGGAGAAGGGUGGCGGCCCAACCAGUAGUGUGUCCGCAGGCAUGGCGUGUGCUUGAAGUCUCUGGCGACAGCAGCUGCAGCGUUGACAACAGCAGAGAUCGCGCCGCCGAGUGGUGCAGUGGGGACGGGCAGCAACGCCUGAGCAUCGCGUCCCCCGCAAACUCGGCAACGGCGCGGCAGCCACACGAAUGCGAGGUGCCACGUGGCGUUGCGGAGGCGUUGAGGUCACCUGAAAUGAGUCGCGAAGGCGACGACAGCGAGGCGACUAAGCAUCUCUGGGACAACGAGACCAAUGAUGCCAGCAAUGGCGACGGCGACAACCUGGAAGAAGAGGUGGUUGCCUCCGAGGAUGAGCGCGAGGCGUCAUUGCCGAUGUACAGGUGUCGCCGAGGCAAAAACAGCGUCGCUGUACGCGACACAACACCCGCAGCACCACCAGCUCGCCCGCCGCGAGCCAUAUCGCUGCACAGCCGAAGCGGCGACAGCUCCCACCCACUCGAACACAUCGAAGAGGCGCCAGAGGAGGCGCUGGCUGUGGAGCGCGGCUUCAGCACCUCCAGCAUCCUCGCCCCCACCCCUCCGCGUACCCCCGGUCGAGCAUCGAGCAGCAGCGCGACAGCCACGACGGUCACCCACGAGCGCCACUUUUGGGUUUCCUCCCUCGCAUCCUUCAGUCACGGAAAGCAAAGUGCUGCGGCUGCUGCGGCACCGUCUUGCCGGGCACCGCCAACAGCGUACACGCCGACCCGCUCUCCCUUUUCCGUGGCCCCUGGCUGUAGAUGGGCGCGUGGCAGUGGUGCCGCUGCCCGGCUCACCGACCGUCUCUCCGUGUCCUCCGCGUCGUUUGCGUCUCCAAUGUCACCCAGCUACCGCAAGACGUCCGGGAGGGCGGUGAAUAGUCGAAGCAACAGCAGUCUCGGCGGUCGCUGUCGUGAAGCACCGAUGCGAAGAGGCGCCCGGAGUCAGCGCGCGAGCUCCGUUACAAUCAUCGGGGUAGCCGAGGAUGAGUCCGUGCCGAUUUCAGUACGCGGCACCACCUCACCGAGACCGGGCUCCACAGCGGCGGGUGCAGCACGACGGAGAGCGGCCUCGGUCAGUACGCGUUCGGCACACGUACAAGCAACGCCAACGUCUCCCGCGGCGGUCUCGCCACUGGCCGAGCUUCUGCUGUCGCCGCUGUCACGUGGCACCGACAGCGGUGCGCACUACCGAUUGAACGCUAGUUGUAACGGAGACAUGCCCACCCCGGACAUGGCAGCAGCGGCCGCCGCUGCCGUGCAGCGCCUACACCGAAAGCGUCCUAACCCCAUACCGCCGCUCUCGACGGCGCCAGCAUCGUCACCGAAAGCGAGUGCUGCUACGCAGUUGCAUGCAGGCGCUGUGGAGGCCGAGCGUGACGCGUCAGCGCGAGCGGAAGCCAGCCUGCAACAGCAGAGGCGGGAACGCGACGUCAUCAAGGCAGCAGUGGCGGCCGCCACCACGGAGACGGAAGAGCUCUCCGAUCCGUUGCCGCAGCGUAGGAGCAAUGAAUCAAGUCGUUCGCUUCACCGCACGCCAUCGUCCGUCGCCCGCGCAGUGGCCGUGGCGCUGCGCCGUCCGUGGCUCUCUGAAGACUCCGCUGGCGGCGGCGUGCCUCUCCACAACCCGUUCCCGUGCAUACCCAGUCUGCUUGUGAGCUCCACGCGUCCGUCAUGGACGGCCGCCGUGGAUCCGGCAACGGUCGCCGACCCGGGCGAACCCAGCGCGAAGCCUUCGCAAUGCAUUCAAGAGGGUGAGGCAACAGAAGCGGGCGCCGCUGCUGUCACGCAACUGCGCACAUCGGUGGUGUCGACAGAGGUGUCGGUGGUCGAUGAUGCUGCGGCUGACGGCACGCCUGAAGUUCUCCGGCAGCAGCGAGCUGAGCGAGAGCAACCGCCGUCUCCCGAGGAACAACAAGCGCGGCCAGGUGGGUGCUUCAAGUAUCCUAGCAGCAGCCCGAACUUCGGCGUCGCUCUUACUGCCGCAUCCACGGCCGUUUUAGCAGCACCGCAGUCGCCAUCGGCCAAGGCGGCGGUAUCCGCCACAACCCCGGCAAGCCGGCGCCGCUACAACCGCGUGGACUCCUCGCCCCCGCCCAUCCCGUUAGCGACGUCACUGAUUGGGACGGCGGUGACUGGCGUGAGUUGGCUGAGCAGCAGAAACGAAAAAUGA